AUGCACAUCAAGGCAGGCAUUCUCACAGCCAUAGGCGGCAUACUUGUUGGCGCGUCAGCGCGGAGUACUACAAAUUCGACACUAUCUGUGCACUAUGGCAUCGUGAUAUUCCCCGCGUUCCAGGCGCUCGAUGUCUUCGGUCCGCUCGACGUCUUCAACAUGUUGGCGUUCAACUACAACAUCACACUCACUCAUCGCCUCGACCCUCGACCCCGUCUCAUCAAAGCCGCGCGCCAUGCAACUGGGAUCCAAUUUUUCCGAAACAAUUCUACCUACACACACGUUCGCCGACUCUCCGAAGGAUCUGGAUGUACUGAUUAUCCCUGGCGGGCCUGGACUAUCUGCUAUCGGUGUGCACUGGAGCCGCCCUUGCAGCUCAAGCGGGCGUAUUGGACGGACGAAAUGCCACUACGAAUAAGCGCCCGUACGAUGGGUCACCUCGUCGGGCCCAAAUGUUAA